ACAGUAAAGAACAUUUUGCGGUACAUAUUUAUUCACUUCAAGUUCUAACCUUAAAGAGAACUCUUUAUCCAACUUAUAAAGCUGUACAUUGUGGGCGAAAUCUUUGUUUCCUGCCAAAGAGUAGUAUACUAGCUUUUCAGGCAAAGCUACAUAAGGAGCACAGAAUGCUGUGUGAAAAACAUUUUAAUGAUGGUGAUUUCAAUGAUGCUUCCAAGAAAUGUAAAACCCAAAAGAUGAUUUUAUUGAAGGGUAUCAGGAUCAUGGUACCAUGGUACCCACUAUUUCUCCCGUGCAUUUUCAACUGCAAAUAGACUUGCUGUACUAAUGAAAAAGUAUUUUAAAUGGACUCGUGAGGUUCCUGAGGCAGGAACCAUGCAGGAUGGCAGUGUUGGCAACCAACAUCGGCCGCCCCUCUUCGUGCACAACGGAAGUGAAGUGGAAAGGGAAAUGUAUAAAUUAGGGUGCAUCAUGAUUCUUGGGCAUUCCGUUUGAGAACACGCGUCGAAUUAGUCAAAGUGUAAUUAAGUGUCGUGAUUACAAAACCUGUAAUAUUGAGUGCUUUGUACAAAUAUUAAUUGAAUACAUAUAUAGUCAUGGAUUCGACCCCACACAGAGUGAUACAAGUACGUGCAUAAAUACUAUUGCUGACUUUGCACCCAGUGUGUGGCCUAUAUCGUGCCACUUGAGUAAGCAAAUGUAAUAGAGUCUGCAUGAAAGAUGUAUUAGAAUAAGUUUGCCAUUGUCGAAGUACAUGAGCUUCUGUACGGACAUCUCUUAGUUUUAUUUUAGUUUUUAAAUACGCCUCCACCGCUCCCGUUAACUUGACUGGCGCAGCCGGUAGGAUCGCCAUUUGCUUGCGCCGUCCGCGAAAUAAAUUCGAAUAAAAUCGUUUACCGCGUUCGUGCCGCGAGGCGAUCCUGCGAACCAAUAUAAAUUUGUCAAGUGGAGAGCAGCUGAAGAUGACGAAGGCCGGCUGGUGAGUCCAAAUUUUCACCUUCCUUUCCUUGUCAUAUUAUAUAGUUUUGUUAUUUUGCAAUUAGACCUCUUGCGAUAUAACGUUAUCUGGUUUUACAUAAAAAUCUGUGAAACUUAUAUUUAAGAAUACUUAAACUUAAUAACUAACUGCAUAAAGAAAUACUAGGAAUAACUAGAUAAGUAAGCGCGUCCAUGCAAUAACGACGCGAUAAGAGCUUGCACUGUAGGAACAAAGCGAUUAUAACUAUUACAAAUUAUAAUUGUAGUGUAUGUUCGUUGAUUAAAUUUUUAUUGAGGAAUUAUUUAUUUCAUAUUUUGUAUUUUACUUAUUAAUUAUUUUACUUUUAUUUUGACUGUGUUUUUGAUUGUGAAUUUGAAUUCUUGUAUUAAUUAUAUUAUUUUAUCGCCGUAUUUUAUAAAAUAAAGUUCUACAAAAUGGAAGAUCAAGUGCAAAUUAAGAUGAUUCCUAGUGAAAUGCUCAAAAUUGUACCGAUAUUCAACGGUGAUAAGCACCAAUUAAAUCUUUUUAUUCGCAAAUGUGAGUAUAUAUUAAAUAAAUAUAGGGGAUCCGAUGAACAAAAUUUAUACGUAAUGUACGCGAUAACAAGUAGACUCGUAGGCGACGCUGCAGCGCUCUUUAGCGAGCGCGAGGACAUUAAUUCGUGGGAAGAUUUUAGAGAACUGCUAAUUCAACAUUUUGGAGACCCUAGGAGUGAAGAAUGUAUUGCUAUAGAACUUGAAGGUUUGCGUAUCCGAAACAACGAGUCAUAUUUAGAUUUCUGUAAUAGGAUCCAAUCCGUUCGUAGUGUUUUAAUAUCGAAAGUAAAUAGAUUAACCGAUCCGAAUGUAAAGAGUAGCAAAAUUAUUAUAUAUAAUAACACAUCUUUAAAUGUCUUUUUGUAUAAUUUGCCAGAAAAUAUGGUGCGAAUUGUUCGCUUAAAAGCGCCAAGUACACUAGAAGAGGCUUUAAGCGUGGUCAUGGAAGAAGUCAACUUCCAUGAGCAGUAUACCUUACGUAAUAAAUUGUAUAGUAAUCCUAGUAAUAAACUAACGCCACCCAGUAUACCAAAUAAUAAUCCUACGUUUAAAUUCGGUACAAAUAAUUUUAAUUCAAUGGCACCUAUGGGCUAUAAACCCGAAUUAACCCCUAACAAAUUUAACUUUGGACUUCCGCAGGGGUCACAAUCAAAACUAACUCAAUUUAAUAAUAAUCAACAAAAUUUUGGAUACCGCCCCCAACAAUUCGGCUUCCGCCCGCAACAAUUUGGUAUAAGCCCGCAACAGUUUAAUAUGCGCCCACAACAAUUUAAUAUGCGUCCACAACAGUUCGGGAUGCAACCACAAACAUUUAAUAAACCUCAACAAUUCGGUAUGCGCCCACAACAAUUCGGUAUGCGCCCACAACAAUUUGGAAACCAACAACAAAACUUUUAUAAGCCCCAACAAUUUGGUUACAAGCCUCAGUUAAAUAAAAAUCAAUACACUGGGCCCAGUGACGUCACAAUGCGAACGGCACUACCACUUAAAACAAAUCAACAAGGCUUUCAGUUAAAUGAACUCGACCUUGAUAAUACGUAUUACGAUGAUACGUGCGGCGAUGUGUACCCACUUUCUUAUGAUAACUGCUGCUAUGAGGAGUACUCAAGCAGUGGCCUUAAUGUUCCCGAGCUCGAUUAUUAUGAAAAUCAAUAUCCGACAAUAAUUCCUGAAGUAACACAAAGCGUUCCAACCAAUAUGGACGACAAGGAUUUUCAGGUCGAAGCCUCGGAACUUACGAAAAAAUAGAGUUAAAUUGUAGUACUAAUUUGAGAUUGCCGUUUAUUUAUAUACCGGAAAUCGACUCCAAAUUUAUGAUUGAUACAGGUAGUACGCGAUCAUUCAUUAGUCCAUCAAAGGCUUAUAAGUACUUUCCAGAGUACAUAAGUCACGAACCAUUCGAAGUCAUUAGCACACAUGCAUCGAGCAGACAUGAUCAAGUUAUUCAAAUCCCGUCUUUACCAAUUUUCAACUGUAACGAUAUUCAUAAACUAUACAUUUACAAUGUCGACUCUAGGUACGAUGGCUUAAUUGGGAAUGAUAUACUUUGCAACCUAGAAGCAGUAAUAGAUUUAAAAAACGAGAUUCUUAAAACUAAAACUACCGUAAUACCUAUAACACAGUAAAUCUUCUUACGUUUUGGAGUUAUCUCCCCGUUCCGAGCAAAGAGUCAAACUCCCAACAAAUUUAUAUUCAGGUAAUGCUGUAAUCGAUUAUAAAGAAUUCUGUAAGGGUGUGCGAAUGCCUAGUGCGUUAGUGAGAUGUAAGGAUGGUUAUACGACUACAGUAAUCCAGAAUACCUUAGAUAUACCGAUAAAAUUAACUAUAAAAAACCAUUGAAUGUAGAAGCAUAUGAAGAUAGUAAAGCGACUAAAUGUAUAGUUAACCAUAUUACAGAUAUGUCAGAUAUUGAAGUCGAUAAAAUAUUAGAGCAAAAUUUAGAGAAACUACGCUUAGACCACAUGUCGGAAGAAGAACAAAAAUCGAUAUACCACUUAUGUAGAGAAGAAUAUAAAGAUAUUUUUUAUAGCGAUCAAAUACCUUUAUCUUUUGCUAAUGAGGUGAAACACUAUAUUAGAACAAAAAACGAAGACCCUAUCUAUGUCAAACCCUACAGGCAACCUCCCGCACAAACACAGGAAAUUAAAAACCAGGUACAGAAACUAUUAAAUGAUAAUGUGAUUCAGGAAUCCUUUUCGCCUUGGUCAGCCCCAGUCCAUUUAGUUCCCAAAAAGAGAGACGCAUCUGGUGAAAUGAAGUAUAGGAUGGUUAUCGAUUACAGACGUCUAAACGACAUAACUGUGGACGAUAAGUACCCUUUACCCAAUAUCACUGACAUUUUUGACAAACUAGGUAAGAGUACUUACUUUUCAACCUUGGACUUAGCUAGUGGAUACCACCAAAUUGAGAUCAACGAAUCAGAUAGACAAAAAACGGCAUUCAGCACAGAGAACGGACACUAUGAAUUCCUGCGAAUGCCCUUUGGCCUGAAGACAGUUCCAGCCACCUUCCAAAGAGCCAUGGAUAACAUCCUAAGAGGCUUACAAGGAAUUCAUUGCCUUGUCUGUCUUGAUGACAUAAUUAUUUUCUCGAGUAGCCUCCAGGAGCAUUUACAAAAAUUAAGGACAGUUUUUGACAGAUUGAGAUCGACUAAUUUAAAAAUACAACUUGACAAAUCAGAAUUCUUGAGAAAAGAAGUGCUAUACCUAGGGCACGUUAUUACUAAAGACGGACUUAAACCAAACGAUGAUAAGAUUCAGGCUGUAUUAAGCUACCCGUUACCAAGGACGACUACCGAGAUUAAGAGUUUCCUAGGAUUGAUUGGUUAUUACAGACGCUUUGUAAAAGACUUCGCCAAAAUCACUCAGCCCCUUACAGCAUGCCU